CUUCAUUUUCCUCGCUAAUGUUUGGUUUUGUUUGAUAUUUUAGGCAAAAGAAUGAGCGAAGACCAAGAAACUCUCACUCGACUCACAAUUGACGUCUUCCACAUUUGUAAAGCACAUUCUCGUUCUCUCUCUACAGUUACUACGCAUCUCUUUCAUCGACAAUGUUCUCCAAAUACGGCAACAACUACUACGGCAACCUUGGUACUACCCAGGUCGCCUCCACGACAACCAACAGCUUGACCAAUGCCACUGGCAACAAUGGACGACGUGCUUUUCGGGAUGUCACGAACGCUAAGGCUAACAUGAAUGCCAAGGCUCGGCAGGGUUUGCACGGUGGACUCAACAAGACGCAAAAGCCCCAACAAGCUCCUAGAAUCCAGAUUGCCGUCGAUCCCCAGACAUCCCUUCAUUCGUUCAGCAAUCUUUCGUCGAAACCGACGCAGCCAAGUGCCCAGCCGAUCAACAAUGACGCGAAAGCAAACGGUUCGGUACCCAGUCAGUCAGUGUUCGGUUGGUCGUCCAAGGCAUCCGUUCAACCAUUCCAGGCGGUGGAAAUCCAGGAGGCUCCCAAGGAACAGCAGCGCAAUCCACUACUACCCAUUGAAGCUCCCAAAGUCAGCAGCAGCGACACUGUCCUGGAGAUCACUCAUGCUGCAGCCAACAACAGUCGGGUCAACAAGAAUAGCUACCAAUUCACUGGCAAGACUGAUGAUAUUGAUGCUCGUGUUGCGGAAGAUCCACUCUUUGUUACUGACUACGUCCAAGGCAUGUUCGCUCACUUUCGCGAGAAGGAAAAGACAACAGCAGUGCUACCCAUGUACAUGGAGGAGAAUCAACCUCACAUCAACGAGAAGAUGCGAUCUAUCCUUGUGGAUUGGCUGGUGGAAGUUCACAUGAAGUUCAAGCUCUCCCCUGAGACUCUCUAUUUGACCAUCAACCUUAUUGACCGCUAUCUGGAACGUCGGGAAGUUGUGCGCAGCAAUCUUCAGCUGUUGGGUGUCACAUGCUUGAUGAUUGCUUCCAAGUACGAAGAGAUCUGGCCUCCAGCCGUCCAAGAGCUCGUCUACAUUUGCGACAAUGCCUACACUCGUCCCCAGAUUAUCAAGAUGGAGACUCAAGUCUUGAGAGUCCUUCAAUACCAAAUCACGCAACCAAGUGCUCAAACAUUUCUGGUCCGAUACCUCAAGGCCGCUCAUGCCGACAAGGAAAUGACCCAGUUGGCGUGCUACCUGUUGGAUGGAACACUACUUUCGUACUCUUUGUUGCAAUACCUUCCCAGUGAGUUGGCGGCAGCAGCAGUGUUCGUGGCCCGAGUUGCAUGCAAUCGACACCCUUGGAGUCCUACUCUUCUCAAGUACUCUCAAUACCUGGAAGAGGAAGUCAAGCCUGUUGCUCAGGCUCUCUUGGAAGAAAAGUCUGGCCUGUCCUUGGAUUUGCUUUCGGUCAACAAGAAGUACAGCAGCUCACGCUACGGAAACGUUGCUAACAAGCCCUUGCGCGUCGACUUCUAGAUCGCUGCAUGCUACCCCUGCACCCCUUUACCAUUCAUCAAGUCAAUCAAACUCAUAUUUUCAUACUACACUACAACAACGUCGGAGUACACCAUGAACCAAGCAGUGCCUUUUCAUCCCGCCUGCUGAUCACAGAAUGUCUGGUGUCUUCCGUUUGUGCUACCUUUCAUGUCAAUGAAUGACAUUCGAAACAAUAGAACCACCUCAUAACAACAUAAAGAUUGACUCAACCCCC